CCAUAUUAAUUCAGAAUGAUAAAACUUGUGUCGGAGAGAACAAUCAACAAAAUGGAAUUCAACGGUACCAUCGAUUACGCUGCCAAAGUAAAGGAAGAGCCCGAGGAUAUGUCGCUUCACGAGGAUGAUGAUUAUCGAAUAGAUGACGAUACUUUUGAUACCAAAAGUUUUCAAGACGAAUCAACUCGUAUGUUUAAAAGAAGCCAAGAAACUCACGAAACUCAAUCGAACCACGAGAUUGAGAUUGAGAUCGAAUGCGUAGAUGUAAAACCGAUCGUAAAUUCAUCAGUACCUAAACGGUUAGAUAAUUGGACGAAAAAUCACUUGCUGCAUAUUCAAGAAGGCAGUGAUUUUGAAGCUAAAGCUAAGAUAAAAAUAGAACCCGAAGAUGCUGUGAAAGAAGAAUUUUCAUAUGAUGAUAUUGAUAAAGAUAUAAGUAAUGAUUGCGAAAUUAACGAACAAAAUAUAAAAAUUGAUCCUCAAGAAUCAGCAAAAAUAAGUGAAAAGUAUACAGAGUGCGACAAGUGUUUGAAGAAAUUUCCCAACAAAAGAAGUCUUAAAAUUCACAUGAAUUCAGUGCACAGUAAUAAUCUGUAUCCAUCUCAAGCGUGUGAAAAGACAUUUGGACAAAAGGAUAUUUUGAAUGUCCAUACCGAUUCGGUGCAUAAUAAAAUAACUAGUGCAUGUGAAAUAUGCGGAAAUGUGUUCAAACGAAGAUAUGAUCUCAUUAGACAUAUCGAUGCGAUACAUCGUAAAAUCACCUACCCAUGUGAUAUUUGCGGAAAGACAUACUCAGACAAGAGUACUCUCAAAAAACAUAUCGAUUCGCUGCAUAAUGGUGUCACAUAUUCGUGUGAUAUUUGCGGGAAGACAUUCGCACUAAAGAACAGUCUCAAAAAACACUUCGAGUUGGUACAUAAUGGCAUUUCACAUGCAUGUGAAAUAUGCCAAAAGACAUUCUCAGACAAGAGCAAUCUCAAAAAACACAUCGAUUCGGUGCAUGAUGGUGUCAGACAUGAAUGCGAUAUUUGCGGAAAGACAUACUCAGACAAGAGUCAUCUCAAAAUCCACAUCGAUUCGGUGCAUUAUGUGGUCAGACAUGCGUGUGGUAUAUGCCAAAAGACAUUCACACAGAAGUGUCAUCUCAAAAUCCAUAUCGAUUCGGUGCAUAAUAAAAUAACUCAUGCAUGUGAAAUAUGCGGAAAUGUGUUCAAACGAAGAUCUGAUCUCAUUAGACAUAUCGAUGCGAUACAUCGUAAAAUCACCUACCCAUGUAAUAUUUGCGGAAAGACAUACUCAGACAAGAGUUAUCUUAAGAAACACAUCGAUGCGGUGCAUAAUAGUAUUUCUUACGCAUGUGACAAAUGCGAAAAGACUUUUACGCAGAAUUCUUCACUGACUAUUCACAUCAAUGCAAUACAUGGUAAAAUCACCUACCCAUGUAAUAUAUGUGGAAAGACAUUCAACCGAAAGAAUUCUCUAAAUGUCCAUAGCGAUUCGGUACACAAUAAAAAUACUCACGCAGGUGACAAAUGCGGGAAGACAUUUUCAGAUAAGAGUAAUAGGAGAAAACACAUCAAUGUGAUACAUCGUAAAAUUACCUAUCCAUGUGAUAUUUGUGGAAAGACAUUCACACAAAAGGGAAAUCUCAUAACCCAUACCAACUCGGAGCAUAAUAAAAAUACUUGUGACAAAUGCGGAAAAAAAUUCGUGCAAAAAAACAAACUUAUUGCUCAUAUCGACGCGGUACACAAUCAUGUCAAGCCUGACAAGUGCCGAUAACGACAAAAAUCUUUGUUACUCAAUUUAAAAUAUCUUAAAAUUUACAACAAUUUCGCUCUCAAUGAUGUUGCA